GCUGCUCAGGGGAGAGGAGGGGAGAACCGACAGACAGCCAGAGCCAAAUAAAACCCUCCCCUGGCCAGCCCCUGAUACGCCCUUCUGCAUUUUUCCAUUCUGUGGUUACAGCACUCAAAGGGUUCCAUUAAGUCAUCAAGUUUUACAGGUUCCUUAAAAAAAAAAAAAGGCAGGGGGAGAGCGAGAGAGAGAAAAGUUUGGUCAUGGUAAAAAAUGAGUGAUCAAAGCUGAGCCAAAGCUUCCUGUUACACCGGGACUAUAUAUAUAUCGAGUCUUUAAUGUUGGGGGGUGUAAGCAGGCUGCUAGGAGACUGGAGCGGGAGCUGACUCUCUGCCUGAUUUCCCAGCUCGCUGAGGUUUCUUCCACCGACCACAAUGAACAAGUUCCUGUGCUGCACGCUUGUGCUUUUGGACAUUUCUGUUGGGUGGACCAUCCAGGCCGACUCUCCCCCCAAGUACACCCAUUACGACCCAGGGACAUCUCGUCAGCUGCUGUGUGACCAGUGUCCUCCUGGAAGCUACGUCAAGAAGCACUGCACCGCCAGCAGCCCGACGCAGUGUGCCCCGUGCCCGGAUCAGUACUACGCCGAGGAGUGGAACAGCAACGACGAAUGCCAGUAUUGCAGCACCGUCUGCAAGGAGCUGCAGUUCGUCAAGCAGGAGUGUACCAGCAGGCAGAACCGCCUCUGCGAGUGCGUCGAGGGCAGGUACCUGGAGCUGGAGUUCUGUCUGAAGCACACCGAGUGUCCUCCCGGGUUCGGCGUGGCACAGCCAGGUACCCCUGAGAGUGACACUGUCUGUAAGAGAUGUCCAGAAGGGUUUUUCUCGAAUGAAACAUCAUCAACAGCAGCCUGCCUGAAGCACAGGAACUGCAGUGCACUGGGCCUCAAAAUAGCUUUGAAGGGAAAUGCAGUUCGUGACAACAUCUGUCAGGAGAAUGCAGAUGCAGGUUUUCCUCAGAAAUGUGGGAUAGAUGUAACCCUGUGUGAGGAGGCUUUGUUCAGGUUUGCUGUUCCUACCCAGCUCACACCUAACUGGCUGAACAUCCUAGCAGACAGCUUGCCUGGGACAAAGGUUAGCACAGAAAAUCUCGAAAGGAUUAAAAGCCGGCACGGUUCUCAAGAGCAGACCUUCCAGCUUUUGAAGUUGUGGAAGCAGCAAAACAAGGAACAGGAUAUGGGCAAAAAGAUCAUUCAAGAGCUUGAUCUUUGUGAAAACAGUGUCUUAAAGCACAUUGGCCACCUGAACCUUACCUUUGAACACCUCAACACACUGAUGACAAGCUUACCAGGCAAGAAAGUAGGAAAAGAAGAUAUUGAGCACACAAUGAAACUAUGUCAGCCUGCAGAGCAAGUUCUGAAGCUUCUCAGUCUGUGGAGAAUGAAGAAUGGUGACCAAGACACCAUUAAAGGUUUAACAUAUGGACUGAAGCACUUGAAAACCUACCACUUUCCAAAGCGAACCAUCCAAAGCCUGAAGAAGAUGACUAAGUUCCUUCACAGAUUUGCAAUGUAUAGAUUGCACCAGAAGCGCUUUUUAGAGAUGAUAGGGAACCACAUUAAAGCAGUGAAAGUAAGACAUGUCUAAUUCAAGGUAUUUCCCAUUCUCCACUGACUAUUUUCCCCCUAAUUACUGCCAGCAGUAAUUAAAUUGGAACGUUGUUUCCCUGCCUUACGCCUUAACUAUUUAUAGAAACGCCUGACUGGAAUAGUUCUAAGUCUUUUGCAAUGUUCUGGGAGUGAUUUUUUAUUAUUAUUAUUAU